CCCUCAACAACUGCCCUUCUACCUUACUUCCCCCUCUUUGAAAUAUAUAUCUGGGAUUCAUCCAUCCUUUCAUAUAUAUAUCCUCUUUUUUACCCCCUCUCCCACCCAAAAUAAUCCUUUCACGAGGGAAGAAUCUUUCCCCAGCGCCGUUAUCGCAAACGAAGCUCGGUUGAUCCUUGGCGCAAGCCCCCUCCGACUCACCCCACCCAUUCACCUCUCCACGCUCGCAGGAUACCAGCUCCAAAACAGAGCCAUUGACCCAAGGCAAUUCGAAUCCGCUUCACUAUGUCGGCUGGGGAUCCCAAUGGCGCCGCGAACGAGGUGUUCGAGGAGAGCGGCGAUGAGAGGCAGUCCCAGUCCAUCCAGCACAUCCGCGCCAACUCGAGCAUCAUGCAGCUGAAGAAGAUCCUGGUUGCCAACCGUGGAGAAAUUCCCAUUCGUAUUUUCAGAACUGCUCACGAGCUUUCCCUACAAACAGUCGCCGUCUUCAGUUAUGAGGACAGACUCAGCAUGCACAGGCAGAAGGCCGAUGAGGCCUAUGUCAUCGGCAAGCGUGGCCAGUACACGCCUGUCGGCGCAUACCUGGCUGGAGAUGAGAUUAUCAAGAUCGCCUUGCAACACGGCGUCAACAUGAUCCAUCCAGGCUACGGUUUCCUUUCCGAGAAUGCCGAGUUUGCUCGCAAUGUUGAGAAGGCUGGCCUUGUCUUCGUCGGCCCAUCCCCCGAGGUCAUCGACGCCCUCGGAGACAAGGUCUCUGCCAGGACCCUUGCCAUCAAGGCCGGCGUCCCGGUCGUCCCGGGUACCGAGGGCGCCGUCGAGAAGUUCGAGGACGUCAAGAAGUUCACCGACGAAUACGGCUUCCCCAUCAUCAUCAAGGCCGCCUACGGUGGCGGUGGCCGCGGCAUGCGUGUCGUCCGCGAGCAGGCGUCGCUGAAGGAGUCCUUUGACCGCGCCACCUCCGAGGCCAAGUCCGCCUUCGGCAACGGCACCGUCUUCGUCGAGCGCUUCCUCGAUAGGCCUAAGCACAUUGAGGUCCAGCUACUCGGUGACAACCACGGUAACAUCGUGCACUUGUACGAGCGCGACUGCUCCGUGCAGCGCAGACAUCAGAAGGUCGUCGAGCUGGCCCCCGCCAAGGAUCUCCCCCAGAGCGUCCGCGAGGCCCUCCUCAACGACGCCGUCAAGCUCGCCAAGUCGGUCAACUACCGCAACGCCGGUACCGCCGAGUUCUUGGUCGAUCAGCAGAACAGAUACUACUUCAUCGAAAUCAACCCCAGAAUCCAGGUCGAGCAUACCAUCACUGAGGAGAUUACGGGUAUCGAUAUCAUUGCCGCCCAGAUCCAGAUUGCUGCCGGUGCUACGCUGCCACAGCUUGGUUUGACUCAGGAUCGCAUCUCGACUAGGGGAUUCGCGAUUCAGUGCAGAAUCACUACCGAGGACCCCUCGAAACAGUUCUCGCCGGAUACGGGGAAGAUUGAGGUUUACCGUUCAGCUGGUGGUAAUGGUGUCCGCCUUGAUGGCGGUAAUGGCUUCGCCGGCGCGGUUAUUACUCCUUACUACGAUUCUAUGCUUGUUAAGUGCACAUGCCACGGCUCUACCUACGAGAUUGUCCGCCGCAAGAUGUUGAGAGCUCUGGUUGAGUUCCGCAUUCGCGGCGUCAAGACCAACAUCCCCUUCCUCGCCUCGCUCCUCACCCACCCCACCUUCAUCGACGGCAACUGCUGGACGACCUUCAUCGACGAUACCCCCGAGCUCUUCGACCUUGUCGGCUCGCAGAACCGCGCCCAGAAGCUGCUCGCCUACCUCGGCGACAUCGCCGUCAACGGCUCCAGCAUCAAGGGCCAAGUCGGCGAGCCCAAGUUCAAGGGCGAGAUCAUCAUGCCCGAGCUCUUCGACGACGAGGGCACCAAGAUCGACGUCACCGAGCCCAGCACCCAGGGCUGGCGCCAGAUCCUCAUCGAGCAGGGCCCCGAGGCCUUCGCCAAGUCCGUUCGCGCAAACAAGGGGUGUCUCCUCAUGGACACCACCUGGCGUGACGCCCACCAGUCUCUCCUCGCCACCCGUGUCCGCACUGUUGACCUGCUCAACAUCGCCAAGGAGACCAGCCACGCAUAUGCUAACCUGUACUCGCUUGAGUGCUGGGGUGGCGCGACCUUUGAUGUCGCUAUGCGCUUCCUCUAUGAGGAUCCUUGGGACAGACUCCGCAAGAUGAGGAAGCUCAUCCCCAACAUCCCCUUCCAGAUGUUGCUGCGUGGCGCUAACGGUGUGGCGUACUCGUCGCUGCCGGAUAAUGCUAUUUACCACUUUGUGGAGCAGGCGAAGAAGAAUGGUGUUGAUAUCUUCCGUGUUUUCGAUGCGUUGAACGAUAUUGAUCAGCUUGAGCUUGGUAUUAAGGCUGUUCACAAGGCGGGAGGUGUUGUUGAGGGAACCGUGUGCUACUCGGGAGACAUGUUAAACCCAAAGAAGAAGUACAACCUCGAGUACUACCUCGACGUUGUGGCGAAGCUCGUCGCCCUAAACAUCCACGUCCUUGGUAUCAAGGACAUGGCUGGUGUCCUCAAGCCCAAGGCUGCCACUCUCCUGAUUGGCGCCAUCCGCGAGAAGUACCCCGACCUCCCCAUCCACGUCCACACCCACGACUCCGCCGGUACUGGUGUCGCCUCCAUGGCCGCUUGCGCUGCUGCCGGAGCCGAUGUUGUCGACACUGCCACUGACAGCUUGUCGGGAAUGACCUCCCAACCAAGUGUUGGCGCCGUGCUCUCGUCUCUGGAGGGCAGCGACUUUGAGACCGGCCUUAACGUCCACCACAUCCGUGCCAUUGACACGUACUGGGCGCAACUCCGUCUCCUCUACUCGCCAUUCGAGGCUCACCUCACUGGCCCAGAUCCAGAGGUUUACGAGCACGAGAUCCCAGGUGGCCAGCUCACCAACAUGAUGUUUCAGGCCCAACAGCUUGGCCUUGGAGCCCAGUGGGCACAGACCAAGAAGGCUUACGAGCAGGCCAACGACGUCCUCGGUGACGUGAUCAAGGUCACCCCAGUAUCCAAGACCGUCGGUGAUCUUGCCCAGUUCAUGGUCUCCAACAAGCUCACCCCAGAGGCCCUCAUCGCGAAGGCAUCCGAGCUGGACUUCCCCGGCUCCGUCCUCGACUUCUUCGAGGGACUCAUGGGCCAGCCCUACGGCGGCUUCCCCGAGCCGCUGCGCAGUCACGCGCUCCGCGACCGCCGCAAGCUCGACAAGCGCCCCGGCCUCUUCCUCCCCCCUAUCGACUUCGCCAAGGUCAAAAAGGAGAUCCGCCAGAAGUGGGGCAGCGUGACCGAGUGCGACAUUGCCUCCUCCGUCAUGUACCCGGCCGUGUUCAACGACUACAAGAAGUUCACGGAGAAGUACGGCGACCUCAGCGUGCUGCCCACCAAGUACUUCCUCUCCAAGCCUGAGAUCGGCGAGGAGUUCAGCGUCGAGCUCGAGAAGGGUAAGGUCCUCAUACUCAAGCUCCUCGCUAUCGGCCCAUUGUCCGAUAUCACCGGUCAGCGUGACGUCUUCUACGAGAUGAACGGUGAGGUCCGCUCCAUCACCGUCGAUGAUAAGCUCGCGGCUGUCGAGAACGUCUCGAGGCCCAAGGCCGACCCCGGAGAUUCGUCGCAGUGCGGCAGCCCGAUGGCUGGUGUGGUUGUCGAGAUCAGGGUUAAGGAGGGCUCUGAGGUAAAGAAGGGCGAUGUCAUUGCUGUCAUCAGCGCCAUGAAAAUGGAGAUGGUUGUUACGGCUGCGCAUAACGGUGUUAUUGCCCAGCUCGUUGUCAAGGAGGGCGAUUCGCUGUCGGGACAGGAUCUCAUCUGCAGGGUUGUGAAGCCAUAGGUUAUGUUUGGGUAGUUUUGUGUUUUUGUCAAAUCUAAGAUUCCUAUUUUAAAUAGAUGUUGCUCUGUGCUGUGUCUGCUGGUGUGGUGAAGCUGGUAACUUGCGGGGCUAUGGUGGCACUUCAUGGUCUUCGCAUGGGGGAUGGAUCUGUCUGCCAUCUUGUGUUCGCGGGAAUCACUGAUAUAAGAAUAUGUAUGCUAAAUGAGACAGCUUGAUUAUGAAAUGCUAACUAUUUUGUAAGAGACA